AUGGACAACCAGAGACCGCCACAAGGUCCUCACCGUGGACUGCCAAACAAGGCCGACUUACAGCGAGACUAUCGCCAGCGGGAGAGACUCGCCUUUCGCAAUCUGUUGGGGGCCCUGAACGAAGUCGAGCGCACCAACGUUCGCUCCCGAAGCGAAAUUUUGAGAAGAGCGGCCGAAUGUCUUCGACGCCUAGAACAAGAACAAGCCGAACUACAACAGCAGCUCGGCAUAGUCCCUGGCAACAAUGAGAUCCCUCAGCCAGAAGCAGAUAUAAUGUUGUCCGAUGAAGAUGUCGAGUGGCUUCAAAAUUAUUUCGCUCAGUUCGAACAUCCUGGUAAGCAACCGGGCGACGCCGGAGGACCACAUGGAGGUGGAGCCUGA